AUGAUCGCCAACAACAAGGAAACUUUAUCAUCCGAUAAAAUCAGUGUAAAUUUUAGAACAAAUGUGGAUAAUAGGACACGUGAUACAAAUAUGAUGAUCAACAAAUCGGAUACUGUUCUCCAUCUUAAAGAAGUUUUGAAUGGUAAAGGAAUUAUAGAAAAUAUUAGUCAAUGUAAAAUGAUUUUCUCGGGAAAGAUUCAAACCAAUGAUCAAACAUUUUCUCAAGUUUUGGAGAGGAUUGAUACCUCUGUAACACCAACAAUUCACUUGAUUGGUGGUUUGUGUAAAACUCAACCAGAAGUACCAUCAGCAACAUCAUCAAAACCAUCGGAGCCUACAGCAGAGUUGAAAUCACCAACCACUCCACUCACUCCAUCAACACCUUCAACUCCAAAUUCCUAUCUAUUACUUCAAAAACAAUUGCUUUUGCAACAACAAAUGCUAAUGACUCAAAUGAUGAUGAAUCAAUUAAUAUUAGCAAAUUCUCCAACGCUGGUUCAAUCAGCACCUGCUGGGGUUAACUUUAAUUCAAACAUUUUCUCGCCAACAGUUCCAUCUACACCACUUUCACCAUUUUCUGCAAGUGCCUUCCAACCUUCUCAAAAUGUUUUCAAUACUGUCAGUACAAAUGUUUCCACACCAAAACCUCAAGCAACUGAAACCAAAACAGAUUCAACAGUAACAAAUGAUCAAAUCAAACCACUAUCCCAAGAAGAGGAAGGUCCAAUUAUUGAGGAUAUUCCAGAGAAUCAAGAACUUCAACGUGAAGUUCCUGCUGCAGCCCAAGAAAAUAUUCCACAACAAAAUGUAGCAGCACCUCAAAGAUUAAUUCAAGAAGAAAAUCCACAACCACAAGAAAAUGCAUAUGAUUAUAUUUAUACUUUUGGAAAAGUUUUAUUGGUUUCGACAGUAGUUUUUGCAAAGGAAGGAUGGGUAACUUGGAUUUUAUGUACAUUAGGAUUCUUUUUUGCAAUCUUACUUUUAAAGUAUCUCAAUAAUGUGAUACAUAGACGUGUUGUCAGAGAUCAAGAAAGAAGAGAAAGAGAGGAGCAAGCAAGACUUAAUGAGGAAUCUACAGAAGAAACUACAACUAUUGAAAAUAAUGUGGACAAUGCUACAGUAGAAAGAGGAGUUAUUGGUACGCUAGUGCAUGUCGUUUAUCUGUUCUUCAUUUCGUUAGCACCUACUUAUCAACCAAGAAGAAGGUCUGUAAGAGAAGAAGAGGAGCAACUUCAUGAAGAUUAAUUAAUUUUUCAAAGAAUAAAUUGCUAUUUUUCCAUCCU